ACACAAUCUCCCUCGCCAGUUAUUUUAAUUACUUGUCUGGAUCAUACACAAUCAUGAAGAUUGAGAUAUGAUGCCUACCUCUGAGUUCGAUUUAUAGCUGGCUUCGAAUAAAAUUUACAAAAAAUGUUUCAAAUUGAAUGAUCUUCAUCGCAAUCACAAGGGACCUGGCCGCAUUUUGCAGAGCAUCAGAGAAAGGACAAUUCAAGGCGAUGACAAAGGCCUAAUAUUUUAAGAUAAGGUAAAAGCAACAGUUAACACAUGAUUUGCCACGUGAAAAGGCAUUUAUCUGAACAAUACGUUUUCUUUGAAGACAAGCCAAACCCAAACUUAUUUAAACCCUCACCCCAAAAGCAUCACUUAUCUGUUUCUCCUGGCUCACACCAAUCUUUCUUUCUUCUACUAUUCUGUAAUAAAGUCUCCAUCAACAUAAGGGGAGUGAUUGAAAUUAGCAUUCAGCGAAAGCAGUUGGUGAAUCGAGGUCAAACGUCCAGCCCAAUUCCAGCUAUGGCUACAAUCAAGUUGUAUAUAGUGUAUUAUUCGUUAUAUGGUCAUGUCGAGACAAUGGCAAGGGAAGUGCAACGAGGGGCUAAUGCAGUUCAAGGUGUUGAAGCAACACUUUGGCAGGUUCCUGAGACACUAUCCAGUGUAAUACUGCAAAAGAUGAAGGCACCUGGGAAAGCAAAUGAUGUACCGGAGAUUAGGCCUGAACAGCUUAUCGAUGCUGAUGGUUUUCUCUUUGGAUUUCCUUCUCGUUUUGGUGUGAUGGCAGCUCAGUUUAAGGCCUUUUUUGAUGCUACUCAUGAGCUGUGGGAACGCCAAGCACUUGCCGGCAAGCCUGCUGGUAUCUUCUGGAGUACUGGUUUCCAUGGGGGAGGCCAGGAGCUUACUGCAUUAACUGCCAUUACACCGUUAGCACAUCAUGGUAUGAUAUUUGUCCCCCUUGGAUACACUUUCGGCAGUGGCAUGUUUGAGAUGAAUGAGGUAAAGGGUGGCUCCUCUUACGGUGCUGGCACUUAUGCAGCCGAUGGAUCCCGUGAACCCUCCGAGCUAGAGCUCCAACAGGCCUUUCACCAAGGUAAAUAUGUUGCGGAAAUAACCAAGAAACUCAAGAACAAGCCCCUCGCUGCAUAAAACACAGCUUCAAGAAGCUGUACUGUAGAAUCUGACAGUGCGAAAGACAACUUGAAAGACUAUCUCCACACCACCAAACAAACAAAGACAAAUAAACUCUGAUGGUCAUUGGCAAAGAGGAGGAUGGAUCUUUUGCAACUUGAUUAAAUAUGAUUCUCGCACUGUGCUCUGGCCACUUGUCAGCUUGCAUUCUAUUAUUUAUCCAGCAUCGAGUUUUCUUCUGGUUUGAUUGUUUCAAUCCUCUUUGGGUUCAAUUUGUCAAUUAGCAACCCUGCCAAGAAGCUGCCAUACCUGCUGCCUGCAAUGUAAGAGUACCCAGCCUCAUCAAGUUUUCUGAUCAAUCCUUCACUUUGCCAUCUCUCAGCCAUGAGCAUCUUUCUGCCAUGUUUAAUAAAUUAUCCAAGAAAUUGAACUAGUGGGUGGAAUAUCAUGGUGUAUCUAAUCUUCACUCCAUAUUCCAUCCGACAAACUUAGAGAUAUUAAUCCUUUUGGUUGUACAUUAUUGUUGGCUCAACUAUUAAUUAACUUCUCCUCCUAUGAAUUACUAA